AUGGAGGACAAUCUUGAAGACGAUAGAUCAUUGGGUAUGAAGUUUUGCUCAGAAUGCAACAAUAUGUUGUAUCCAAGAGAAAACCGAAGACUCAAAACACUCGAAUAUAAAUGUAGACAUUGCGAUUUUAGUGAAAGAGUUCCAACAGAUGAAUACACUGUUUAUAAAAACGAUAUUAAAGCUUCCAAGGAUAUUCAAUGGAGUAAUAUUGAUUGGAACGAAUUAACAAAAGAUCCAACUCUUCCAAGAGGUACUGUUGGUAUUGGUGCUUGUCCAAAAUGUGGCCACAGUGAAGUUGUCUAUCUACAAACAGGUUUUGGUAUUACUAAAGAAAAUCAAGGUGGUAUGAAUUUGUGGUUGAUUUGUACGGGUUGUAACCACAGAUUCAAGAAUGACAAGAAAUAA